AUGUACCGUGUGCCCAUGACCGUGGCCGCCAAAAGCAAGAGUGCGCUGACACCUCAUCGUCCGCUCACAGCAAAGAGCCAGAAGACCUUGAAAGUGAAGCCAUUUAUCACAAUCUCGCGACCCCUCGGAGACAAAACACCCUUCCCGAACCGUGUGGCAAACGAUGCCCAGUCUCAGACGCCAUCUCCGCUCAACGAGAAACUUGCUAAGCUUUCCUUGGAAGAGCCCGGCCCGGCCAUUGUUCCCGGAGCCCUCCUCCGCCCUUCAUCUGCCAGGACAAGUCUGCGCAUACCGCGAACAAGCGGAGGCAAGUAUGAGUUCAAGACACCGAUUACUCAGGGAAAUCAUUGGGACGUCAGCGAUGGAGACAUCGACGUUGAACCUGAAAUCCAGCCUGACGAACAGGAGGCCGUACAGGAGGAGGAUUACGAUGAGAUUGAAUAUAUGCCACCAACGGCCAUCAUUCCACCGUACGAGCCUCCGUUCGAAAUGCCAGAUUACACGGUCCUAGGCAAGACGAUGUGGGAGAUGAUGCACUCUGUCAAAUUCGAUGAUUCUGCGGACCUCUACUACGCCGCAGACAUCGAAAUUGAGAUUGAUGUGCAGGAGGCGUGGCGGGAGAGUGGCUUUGACUCGUCUCCUUCAAAAUGGGAGCGACCGAAGCUGCCGGAGCUAGACACCCAUCACUCGCUCUACAACAGCAGCACAAUCGCAGCAAACGAUACGGUCAGAAGUGAAAUCCAUUGCAUCAUCGCGCACUACGCGCACCACAACCGGACCAAGCAGAAGAGGUGUCGCUCCUUCGACAUCGAGAAGUGCUGUUGGCGCUGCACGAAAAAAUCCAUCCGCGACCACGGCCACUGCGGGUAUACCGAGGGGAAGGACUGGGAGCACAUCGGCCAAGGUCGCAUCGAAUGCAACUGGUUCCAAGAUAAAGGUUCCAGCGGUAGUGACGUCCCGACAAGCCGAUGA